CCCGGGCUGGUCCACGGCGGGCUGCUCGGAGGGCGCGUUGACUCAGCCUUUCCUGCUGGGCCGGUCAAGUCGGGACACGUUCCGCGUCUGGCGUGCGGGAGCUAAGUCCUGACUUGUCUCCAGCUGCGGUAUUUAAACCUUCCCUUUUCUCAGCUGUGCUCGCCGGCGCUCGAAGACAGACGGACGGACGGACGCCCGCCCGCGCUCACCCACCCCCUAGAACUGCACUUUCUUUUUUUCCCCCGCCUUGAUCCAGGCUAAUGUGCAAUACCAACAUGUCUGUGUCUACUGACGGUGCUGUAAGCACCUCACAGAUUCCAGCUUCGGAACAAGAGACCCUGGUUAGGCCAAAGCCAUUGCUUUUGAAGUUGUUAAAGACUGUUGGUGCACAAAAAGAUACUUACACUAUGAAAGAGGUUAUAUUUUAUCUUGGCCAGUAUAUUAUGACUAAAAGAUUAUAUGAUGAGAAGCAGCAACAUAUUGUUUAUUGUUCAAAUGAUCUUCUUGGAGAUUUGUUUGGAGUGCCAAGCUUCUCUGUGAAAGAGCACAGGAAAAUAUACACAAUGAUCUACAAAAACUUGAUAGUAGUAAAUCAGCAAGAGCCAUCAAACUCUGGAACAUCCAUGAGUGAGAAUGGUUGUCCUCUUGAAGGUGGGAGUGAUCUAAAGGACCCUGUGCAAGAACUGCAAGAAGAGACGCCUUCAUCUUCAGAGUUGGCUUCUAGACCCUCUACCUCAUCUAGAAGGAGAACAAUUAGUGAGACAGAGGAAAACUCAGAUGACUUAACUGGUGAACGACAGAGAAAGCGCCACAAAUCCCUUUCCUUUGAUGAAAGCCUGGCUCUGUGUGUGAUACGGGAGCUGUGUUGUGAAAGAAGCAGUGGCAGCGAGUCCACAGAGGCCCCCUCAAAUCAGGAGCUUGAUGAUGGUGUAAGUGAACAUUCGGGUGAUUGGUUGGAUCAAGAUUCAGUUUCUGAUCAAUUUAGUGUAGAAUUUGAAGUUGAAUCUCUUGAUUCAGAAGAUUAUAGUCUUAGUGAAGAAGGUCAAGAACUCUCAGAUGAAGAUGAUGAGGUUUAUCGAGUCACAGUGUAUCAGGCAGGACAGAGUGAUACAGAUUCAUUUGAAGAGGAUCCUGAAAUUUCUUUAGCGGACUAUUGGAAGUGUACUUCCUGUAAUGAAAUGAAUCCUCCACUUCCACCACAUUGCAACAGAUGUUGGGCCCUUCGUGAGAACUGGCUUCCAGAUGAUAAAGGGAAAGAUAGAGGGGAAAUCUUUGAAAAAGCCAAACUAAAAAUCUCGGCUCAGACAGAAGAGGGCUUGGAUGUGCCUGAUGGUAAAAAAACUACAGUGAACGACUCCAGAGAGACAUGGAUUGAGGAAAAUGAUGAUCAAGUUAUGCAAGCCUUCCAGUCUCAAGAAAGUGAAGAGCAUUCUCAGCCAUCGACUUCUAGCAGCAUGAUUUGUAGCAGCCAAGAAGACUUUAAAGAGGUGGAGAAAGAAGAAACACAAGACAAGGAAGAAAGUAUGGAGUCUAGUUUCCCCCUUAAUGCCAUUGAGCCUUGUGUGAUUUGCCAAGGUCGACCUAAAAAUGGUUGCAUUGUUCAUGGCAAAACAGGACAUCUUAUGUCGUGCUUCACAUGUGCAAAGAAGCUCAAGAAAAGGAACAAGCCCUGCCCAGUGUGCAGACAGCCCAUUCAAAUGAUUGUUCUUACCUACUUCAACUAGUGACCUCUCCAGAAAACAGUCUGUAUCUAACUACAUAACCUGGAAAGUUUAGACCACAUGGACUUUACUUAUAUUUACAUACCACAGCAAGGAAAAUCUUAGUCUAUGUAAAUUUAUUUGUAGUAUAAUUUAUCCCCCUUGGGAGUAAGAAUUGUGAAAAUUCCUUUUAGGAAAAUUUCACUUCUGUUUCUAUUUAUGUUUGGGUUUUAAUGUAAUUUACAUGGACUGGAUGGCUCAUCUUUUAUCUUACCCUUUAUAUUUUAAGUAAUUUCUACUUACAUGAGAGGUAUCUUUUUUUUUUUUAAAUGUAAGUAGAACAUGUAACUUAUUAAGUACCUUUCAUGUAAGGAAUAGAAGGACUUGUGAAGGUUUGAACGUUUAAAUUUUAGACACUCAGACACUGUUUAGCUUCUUUUAGAAGUUGUGAGUUACAUGUGGUGCUAUGUAAGCUGAAGCAUGCAUCUGAUUUUCUAGAAAGCCUCAUUGCUAUUUGCAAUGUGUGGAGUAGGUGCUACUUCCAGUUGAAAACACCUUUUUGGACUUAGUUAUGUGUUUUCUCACAGUCAACAGACCUAUGCUUUAGGACAUUUUUAAAACCCAGUGCCUUCUGAAAGAUUAAUUCAGAUUUGAGAACUAUUAAUUUUAAAACACAAAUGCUAUUCUAAGAUGACCUCUCUAACUAGAUUAGCCUUUUGAUAUAUAACAUAAGAAUUUUGAGCAAAAUAGUGAAAAUGGCCCUUUAUUUAAGGCCCGUUUAUUUUUCUCCCAUGUAUGACAUUUAUACAUGUUCAGGUACGGAAAUAAAAUUAACUGGACCAUAAGUUCAGGGUAGCAGAAAGAUAAUUUUGUAUUAAUGGUACAUCUUUAGUUUAAAUUUCACAAAAAAAGAUGGGCAUGGUGGUAUACACCUUUAAUUCCAGCACUUGGGAGGCAGAUAUAGGAGGAUCACCAUGAGUUCAAGGUCACCCUGAGACUACAUAGUGAGUUCCUGGUUAGCCUGAGCUAGAGUGAAACCCUACCUCAAAAAUCAAAACAAAUAGAAACAAAAGCAGCCUCCCCACCAUGACUUGAGAAACAACAGAAGGAACCAGUACUUGAGCUUGGGCAGUCUUAAAACUGAAGCCUUAUUCAUUUGGAAUUUAUAGUAGAGUCUCAUUGUAUGUCCUUGUGGAUUACUAAUGUCUAAAAUUUCAGAUUUACUAUAUAUAUAUUAUUUAUUUGCAAAUAGAUGAUAUUAAAUAUUUGAUCAAGAGUUGA